UUCGCAGAGAAAACACGUUCAAUGUUUUUUUGUUUUGUUAUUAACUAUGUGACCGUCUGUCCGCCUCUCCGGGACGUGACGUCCAGCCGGCAAAACUUUCUUUUUUUCUAAUUUCAGCGUGAGCACGAUGUGUUGACAUUUCGCGACCACCACCAUCACCUCCCUCCUCCUCCCCCCCACGGUAAGUGAAGAGCUGCCGUCGCAGAGGUCACGGGCGGCGUGAACCUGGCGGGGAAGGAAGUUCCACUGCCACGGAUUUACGACUCAGCCCGAGGAGUUUCCCCACGCAGCAGCAGCAGCCUCCUUCCUCCUCCUCCUCCAACCCCCGGCCAGAUCCGGUCCGUUCCAGCACCGGCGACGACUCUCACCUGCACGCCGCUGCCACGACCACCACCGCCCUGUACAACAAACGCUGCCUGCAGCGACUUUGCGAAGAACGACUCACCACGGCCACCCAAGCCUCGCAAGAAGCGGCGGGUCCGCUGAUCGCAUUGGUCGCAGAAGCGAGUGCCAGUCGCCUAUAACAUCGCCGCUAUAGGCACCGCCUCGCAGCGUUGGACUUUCGACCGCGCGAUUCACGGAGGAGGAGGAAGAGGAGGAGGCACCGCUGCCGGGUCUCGAGAGCGAGGGAGGCGAACGGACGGACGCCUGUGAAGGUGACUCCACAGCAGCCAAAGCCCAUCGGCUGUGCCCUGGCCCCGUGCAGCGCGAUCCCCGCCACCAUGGAGAAGCCCCUUCACUUCAUCCGCAGCGACGCGGACGGCAAAUUCGUGGUGGACGAGUCGGUGGCCACGCAGCUCGCCCUGCUGCCCGAGGGCCCCGCGGAGGUGGUGGCCAUCAUCGGCAGCAGCCGCACGGGCAAGUCCUACCUGCUGUCGCGCUUCUUCGGCUGGGGCAAGGGCGGCUUCGAGACGGGCGCGAGCACGCGUCCCGUGACGCGCGGCGUGUGGUUGUGGAGCCGCGAGCACCCCCUUCGGCCCGAUGCGCGCCUCGUGCUGCUCGACACGGAGGGCCUGGACGAGCCCAGCACGGCCGAGGGCCGCGACUAUGACUACAAGCUGUUUUCGCUCACCGUGCUGCUCGCCAGCUGCGUGCUCUACAACACCGUGGGCAAGAUCCAGCGCAGCGACAUCGACGCCCUGCGCAUCGUGCUGAAGCUCUCCGAGUACAUCCGCCUGAAGCCGGCACCGGGGACGCACAGUGGUACCGGCCAUGGUGAGGAUCUGGCCGGAUCCCUCUGCUGGGUGAUGCGAGACUUCCACCUGGCGCUGGACUCCACGCCCGACAAGUACAUGGAGGAGGCGUUCAGCCGCUUCGAGUCGUCCUCCGAAGGGAAGCUCGUGGACUCGCUGCGCAAAUACUUCCCUGUGCGGCGCUGCUUCCCGCUCAGCACGCCGCUGGCGAACGCCGCGCAGCUUGGAGAGCUGGACAACAUGUCUCCGAGCGAGCUGAACGAGGACUUCAGGAGGCAGGCGGAGGACAUGAUCAGCACCGUGCUCACGUCCGUGGUGUCGCCCAAACGUAUUAUGAGCGACGACGGCUCGAUCCGCACGCUCGACCCGCUGCAGUUCGUGACGGUGGCCCAGCACUACGUGGCGGCGCUCAAUGCGGGCGACCAGCCAUGCGUGCAGGACGCCUACCUGGCGCUGCUCGAGUGGGACGCGCGCCGCGCCUCCGCCGAGGCCCUCCAGGCCCGCCGCGCCGAGCUGGAGGUCCGGCUGGGGGGCGCGGACCCUCCGCACGGCGCCGCGGUGCUCACGCGGGCCCUGGCUGCGGCCCACGGAGCCGGCGUGUCGGCGUUCGUGAUGCGGCUCGCCGAGCUGGGCCUGCACAACGAGACGCCCGGCUUCCUCCCCGGCUUCCUGAGCGAGCUGACCGCAGAGCAGGAGGAGGACUGGAAGCACAACGAGAAGCUGUCGCGGGAGCGCAGCGCUGCGGCCCUGAAGGAGAUGGCGCGCACCGCCCUGGGGGACGAGGGGGCCUUCAUGGUGCCCGGCGGGCACCUGCAGCUGGCGCUGGCGACGCUGCGGCUCGUGCACGAGUUCAGCGAGAGGACAGACCUGGGGCCGUGCGCAGCCGAGGCCCUGGCGGAGUUCCGGGAGUCGCGCUGCGCCCCGCUGGAGGCGGCGGUGUCGCGCUCCGACGCCGAGAUGACGCAGAUGGAGAAGGAGCGCGCCGAGCGCCGGGUCGCCGAGGAGAAGGAGAAGAUUCGCGAGCAGACGCGGGAGGAAACCAAACAGAAGUACAAGCAACAAAUAAAAGAAAAUGAAGAGAAACACCUGGAGGCCGUUACUAAAUACAAGAUGGAGGCGCAGCAGGUGUGCGGCGAGAUGGAGAAGCUCAAGGAAGAGAAGGAGCGGGAGCUGGGAGAGGUGAAGGCCCAACACCGGACGGAGCUCGAGCGGCUCGAGGAGACGCACCGCGACACGGUCCGCCGCUUCCAGAAGCAGGAGAACACCGCAGCUGCGCCCAGGCAGCAGCGACGCAAGAUCCCCCUGAUGUGCCUCUCCAAACAGAGCCAAGAUUAACCGCGGCAAGGGUGGCUCGGCAAGGUUUCUGCUCAGACGGCGCGCGAGUGGCCGUGGCUUCCCGAGAGCGGAGGUUCGCCACGUUUGGAGGAGGUGUUCGUGUAACACAGCGCGUGCGCGUGUGUGAUUAGUGCUGUUUAAUGACAACCGGUAAGCUGGUAACCAUUUCUAAAAUAAUUUGCCGGUGCCAUAAGUCAGGAAACUGGUGAUCGUUUCCAGUGGAACUGUUAGGCACGAGUGCACCAAUUGGCUCAUGCCGCCGUACAAACCGCGCGGCGGCCCAAGUUACGUUCGCUCUCGUUUCUUAGUUAAACGAUAAACAUGUAGCUUUGCAAUUGCUCACUCAAGCGUGCCUUCGACACGCGGUAAACCGAUGACUGCGUUUUUACAGUUUUUACCGUUUUUACCGUUCGGGAAAAGAACUCUGAACAGCCCCCUCGUAUAUUUACACAGAUGACAUACUCGGCACACUUCCAACAAAUGUCGUAAUUCACUUCUUCUACAUAUCUGUUCUGUCUGAUAUGCAUACUCGCGGACGAAAUGUAAUGUUAAACACCUGCUUUCCCAAUCAAUUACUGCAGCAACAACACACAUGUAUCCGCGUGUGAAGAAAGGGAUAUGAGUGGAGGGAGAUCAUUGGGAAGCAGUGAACAGCAGGGCUGGGAGAAUUAACUUUAGCAAUGUUGUUUGUGUAAAUUGUUGGCUGAACUUGAGCACAGUUACUUUAGCUAAUUAUGGUUUAGUUCAACCAUCUAUUUAAAUUGAACACGAUGAAAAAACUGCCAAUUUUAUUUUAAUGUGUGAAAAAUAUUAAUGUCACGUAAAUUUUAUUGACUCCAUGGAUGCCUCUGUUUUUAUUUUAAAAACAAAUUAACAUUUUAGUCGCACACCUAUUUCAAUUGGCUAUGAAUGAAUUGUGCCCUGACAGGAAACAGAUGUUCAGUAGUUUCACCGAUGUCCCCAGCGGAGGAACGGUGCCUUUGUGCCUUCUCACCUGCAACAGGAACACGCGUUUAAGUUUGCAACAAACUUGGAGACAUUGUACAUUGUGCAAAAUAAUGGGCGUCGUUUGAGAGAGUAGUCACAAUAACCAGGAAAUACGCCCCCUUGCUUCUGUCUCUCCACAUUAAAAGGUAUUGUCGGUCUGUAAUAAUCCUUCAAGGAUCUGUCUUACAAGGCCGUGUUUUUUUUUUAGCUCCAACGAACAACAUUGUCUCGUUUAUUCCAGCGAUUUUGUACAAGCGUGUGAUUUAUCCCUGUGCAGUUGGGCGUGGAAAAUGAGAAAAUUAAAUGCGGCGUCGUAGUUUAUAUACGGGGCUUGUUUGUGCCCACCAGGCUAUGAUUUGGCCACGUUGGUUUGUACCUGGUUCUAACCCAGGAGCUCCCAUCCUCAUUGAGCCACCAAUUAAUGAUGGUGCUUGGAGCCUCCUAGAAUAUAUAAAUCCUGUACAUUUCUCUCACGUGGUGAUGUUUCAAAUAAAAUAUCGAAUUGUUUCGAGUUAUAUUUAACACAUCAGGACACGGCAAUGUCUUCUGGCAUAUCAUAUGAAGCUUUUCAGUCUCAUGGUAGUGAACUUACGACAAGAGAAAAAUAACACGUUUGUUUAGCUGUGCAAGGUUUCAAUCUGGAACGAGUGGUGGAGUGUGGUUGGCAUUGGGACCUCACCCAAGGACUGAAACGCCCCCCCCCCGCCGUCCCAAUUUGCCGCUGGGGUCGCCCCCUUUCAAACGUUUGAGAUGGGACGCGAUGCAAGUCUCGUGCGCGUGUGUGAAUCGCUGUGAGAUGAUCCGGCGUAAAGGAGAAGUGGUUCUAUCAAAGGCAAAUCGUGAAAUCGCUUUUGAUGUUUCCUCCCUCGUGCCGUGAGGCUGAUUUGUGGAGGAGCCAACGGGGGGGGGGGGCACCCUUGAGAUGCUGGGUGGCUCACCGGGUCUGUGGUGCCCAGAGCAGAAGUGUUGGGGAGGCAGCGGCAAUUCCUCGAGCCGCGGAGGCACCAAGGAGCAACCCCUGCAAGGCGACUCUAUUAAAUUUCGAUUUAAAGCUUUCGUGGCUGCAGGGAUUCAUCUUCUUGGUUCUUUCGGUAAAGUCACGUAGAAGGGAAAUAAUAAAAUAAUAAAAAUAAACCAAUAAAAUAAUUUUCACGAUGUUUCGGCCAUAACGCAAGCAGCCGUCCUCAGGUCAAGAACAGGUCUGUCAGAAAGACAGCUGUCUUAUUAUUUCAUUAUUUCCCUUCAACGUGACUUUACCGAAAGAACCAAGAAGGCGACUCUAUUGUUCUGCUUGAGUGAACGUGGACGGUAUUUUUGUGUGGGUCAAGGUCUGACAAAUGCGACUGCUUGAAUGCCAUAGGGUUGCUAUUGCUUAUGUGUUUUAUCCGGACGCCGCUUGCGUUGCUUGGCUGAAACAAACGAGAGCCUUAAAUUAUUAGUUUAAAACGAUACUUUAUGCCGGGUAUGGUACAUUUCAGUUUUAUAUGGAGAAUAUUGUUUGUUAUUUAAAAAUUGUAAUGUUUCAGUACUUGGGCUACAAAUGUUAUUGAUGUACAGUAGUUGCUUAAAAUAUGAAAACAUUUCACCCGCAAGGUUGCAAUCAAAUGUGGUGUAGUCCGUGUGCAUACAUCUGCUUUGUGGAACUUUAAUACUGCUUAGUACAAAUGUGAUGGAGAAAUGCAUUGUCUGUUUGCCUAUUAUUAGCUCGCUUUAAAAAAAUGUCUCGGGGGGGAAAAAAUAUUGUUGUGAAUGUAAUUUGUAAUUGCAGUAGUCGUUAAGGUUAUGUACACUGCACUUUGCUCAUAAUUGUAACAAGUUGGUGAAUUGUCCAUUCACGGUCCACCAACCCAAAAUCUGCGGUCCACCAAACCCCAUCCCUCCGUGAUCCAGCAACCCCACAUCGCUCCGUGAUGCAUCUGCUCCAAAUUUCACCACGAUUCAGCAAUCCCCAAAUCUUUCCGUGACCCGCCAACCCAAAAUCUCGCCGUAAUCCACCAACCCCAACUGCUGGGCGAACGAAGGUGGGGGGUGUGGUUAGGUGGGUGUCAAUAAACAUUGUUUCAACUGCAGCUCUUGGGGCCUUGAUAAUGAUCACAUCGCACAAAACAAAUCGUAUCCACUCUUACCUCUCUCGGCCUAUUUGCUGUGGAAAGGGUCAUUGCCCGAAACGUCGUCUACUACAUACAGAGUGCUUCAAAAAAUGUUAACAUUUCUGAGAAUUUGCAACAACACCACAAUGGGCCUCCAUGCUCUGGAGACCACCUGGAGAAAAUUCGAGGCACGCGUUGACGGUGAUGGCGAGCGAGUUGGAGACUCUUAGAAGCUAUCAACAUACAUUUGUUAUCAUGCUACAGCGUAUUAUCCGUUCUUAAAAACGAUAGUCCCAUAUAAGUGUCAACAUUUUUUUGAAGGCACUUUUAUUAUUACCAUUUAUUGAAAAUAGUAAUAACAAUGAUGGCUUUUAGGAUAAUAAUAAUAAAUUGUGCGAUCCCCAUGGCAACACUUGGGGCGCACGUGGUUGUCUGUGAGUCCAACGUGGAGGGGAACCCGCUCCACGUGUGGACGAGAAAAUUAGUCGUCAAUGAAAACCCAGAAAUAUCACGAAUCGUCGGUGAGUUUCGUUGCGGCGAUUUAUUUACGACAACAAGCGAACAUUAAAGACGCAACUGUG